GAAUGGCACACCUAAUUUAUUUCCCGUUGGAUCAAAUAUGCAAAUAAUAAAUGAUAAUUUAAAAAAUCUAAAAAAAUCUUCUCAAACGGAAGACGUUGUGAUCGAACUAAAAGUUCAAGGACUAAUUGAUUAUGAGGCGAAUAAUUAUGAAAGCUCUAUCGAUCUUUCAAGUAAAUUACUUAGCAUUGAUCCAAAUGA